AUGAGCGCCGCAGUAAGUCUCCAGCGACUUGCGUCCGAGGGAAGUGACGCUAGCACGGCGUCAACGACUCUUGCAUCUCAUCUACGACCGGACUUGAUAAGACGCGAAACCGACCACAUCCUCUCCUAUUAUCAGUCCGAACACGCAGGACGCUCCUACAUCUACUCUCCUGGAGAAGCCCAUGUUUCGGUGCCCCCGCUCAUGAGAGAGUCAUCGUCAGGCUCCGUUUCAUCGUCACAGUAUUCUGAUUCUGAGGAUCCCCUUGAUGGGUUCACACAUGAUAGCGCUGAAUCAGCGAAGCACUCCACGGUCGCGACCGCGACGGCAGCGAUGGGGCAUAUACGGAGGCCAAGUCAGCCUUCGGAGGGUAGUGCGGACAGGAGACGUCUGGCAAUCGUGGAAUUAGACUCUACUGCUUCGCUGUCUCCUGCGAGGAGGAAGAGUGACAGGAACCAGGAGUCACGUUUUGACUCCCAAAGGGGUGCAAUGGCACCCAACGGCCUAUUGUCAAGACGCGGGAUUCACGUCCAUGGGCUCGCGCUGGUUGCGCCUCCAGAUGCGUCACCCAGAGCAUACACGGAUCUGACCCCUCCAACUUCUGCACCUAUUACAGCUGAGCGCGUCCCGGCUUCUGUGCAGGGCUCUUCAGUUUCGCACCAACGUUCUCGGUCUGAGGUUCAUGGCGUUAGCAAGGCUCUCCUUCAUCAUCAGCGUUCUCGUGACGUUGGUAUAGUUGGGUCUCGUAAAUCGUCUGGUGCUGAGAGUCUGGUAUCCAGCGAGGAGUAUUCGACAUAUGCAGAGAACAAGGGACUCAAGGUACCUAUAUUCCAGACACCAACUAAAUCGCGAUCUCCGUCCCCCGCCAUGCAGACUACUGACGUCUCUGAGUCGAGUACCCCCAGUGUGCAACUUCCUACUAGUCAGAGUAUACCGACUCCGACUGCACCAGGGAGGUCUGAGGACCUCCUCACGCCUGCUAUAGGAGAGUACAAGGAUAUACAGCAGCCAGUGGUUGGACCCGUCGUUGUAGGGAUCUCCUCAGACAUGAUGCGCGCAGAUGCUAUUCAAGACGGAGUGGCCAGCCCUUCUCGUCCCGAUUCCCAAUAUUCAUCACCGCGAUCAUAUGAUACUCACGACAGACCAUCUCCUUACCUGUUCUACGAGCCCGGAGUUCACUCCACGGCAGGCCCUUUGCCUGCACCGCCUGCCCCCAUGUUUUCUAUUGCCGAUCGAGAUGCCAUAAUGUCACCUCCACCUCCCCGACCUCCACGCGCUGCUCCCAGGCGCGACAUUGAUGCCCUCAAAGAGGCGUUGCAGCUGCCGAAGUCAGUGUCUGCCGUGCUAGCUUCUAGACCAACCCCAGAACCAGAACCUGUUAGCGGUCCCAUGUUAAGGUCGCGCAUGAAUUCAGGAAGUUCUGGUCCAGAGUUCGACCAAACUAGCCAAUUUUCUGGGACCUCUUCACAGCAGCCAAUGCAUAUCAGAGAAGGGGCAUUCCCUCCAUCCACAUUAUCAGUUUCACACCCUCAGCAAUCAGUAGCGGUGACACCCAAUACCCAGUCAAACGGCGCAUUGCCAAAGCGCAAUGGGUCCAUUCGUUCAGCGGAGCAGACCCGGCGCAUAGAAGACGAUGCACGUGUUGAUAGUGACAAUAUCUCAUCUCUGUCUACCGAUCACGCAUACCUCAAAUCCCCCCCUCGGAGAUCUGAUGUCGAAGUGCGGCGGGAAGAUAGUUGGGUCAGUCUGGGCCAAGGGACAGCCAACCGCCAAAUGUCACCGAAUGGCGGAGCAGAGAAAGCGCUUGGUGUUGCUAUAUCGCUGUCAAUGACACCUGCACAAUCACCGACACCACCCCCAAAGAGCCUGAAAGGAUCCGAGGAUGAGAGGGCAAGCUUGGGCGCAAAUCCAUUCAGAGCGACGUUGUCAAACCUCAAACGCUUCUCUGCUCUACCGCGAACACCUUCGUUUACGUCGUCUGUUGUGAAGAGCCAGGGCUCACACCAUUCUAGAACACCGUCGCCUCCUGCUAUUACCGCUCGAGCUCCCAGGCCGAGGAUUAUAUCUGCAUGGCCCGACGCAAUGCACUGUUACGAUGUAAUGUCGAAGAAGAGUGCGCUAGAGCGCUCCAAAGCCUACGCUCAGAAAAUAAAUGAAUUGGCGAUCUAUGAUUGUGGCUUGACGGAGUGGGUAACUGCGGUGAAGCAUCGAGGAUCUAAUUCCAAACCAGCACAAAACAGUGCGACGCGACUCACUUUGACCCCGGCGACUCCGUCCCUUCGUACAUUUACUUCGCAACCGCGACAUAUCUCGCACGGUUCAAUAGCAUCCGAGAUGACGUUCCCCACGCGAGCAGAUGCUUACACUGCGACGGACCUGUCCACGAGAUCUAUGGAUGUCGCACCAUCUACUGCUGCGCCACCAGCCCUCCCUUAUCCUUCAUUGGCUACGAGUUCGCAAUCUUUGCGCAUGUCCACACUGCUGUCAUCGCCAUCUCGCUCUCUGCAGUUACCACUGCCAAGCACCAGGUCGGGAGGGAUGGGCUUCUUUUCGUCCAUUGGCAGAAAGUCCAGUAUGAAGAAUAACAAGGAUAUGCCGUCAUCGCCAUCAUCCCCAGCGAAGGUGUUGAUGAAAAGGAUGCCCAAUCUCCCAAAUAAUCCUCCCCGCCCGGUUCAGAUCACGACCGCACCAUUAGUGCCAGGUGGUCCGCGUGCCGCUCCAGGACGAGUGCAGCGUUCACAGACGUAUUCUGUUUCUCCCAGUCCGCCUGCACCCGUGUUGUCGGAGCCAUCUCCAUCGCUCGAUAAGCGACAGAGUUCUGCGACACGCCGGCCAUCUCUGUUCACGCGGUCAAGGGCUGUGCCGGGGCCAGCAUUAGGGGCAGGAUCGGCGGCGCCUGUCACCCCCACAAUGUCCACACCAGAGUUUGAGAGGCAGGUAGACAAGUUGGCUGAUCUUCUCCCACAUGCAGAUAGGGUCAUCUUAGCGGGCUACCUCCGCCGAGCCGGGCAAGACAUCCUUGCAAUCGGACAGUACCUAGAGGACGAGAAGAAUGGCACCUUACACUAA